AGCUGCGUGCCGCCAUGACAACCUGAUACCGGAAGAGGCGGGUUGCGGCUCCCGGACUGAUCCCACGCCGGCACCUGCCUCGAGAUGCAGGCAGCCCUGGAGGUCACUGCUCGCUACUGCAGCCGGGAACUGGAGCAGUAUGGCCAGUGUGUGACGGCCAAGCCUGAGUCAUGGCAGCGAGACUGUCACCACCUUAAGAUGAGCAUCGCCCGAUGCACAUCCACCCACCCAAUCAUCCGCCAGAUCCGCCAGGCCUGUGCUGAGCCCUUCGAGGCCUUUGAGGAGUGUCUUCGCCAGAACGAGUCAGCUGUGGGCAACUGCGCAGAGCACGUGCGCCGCUUCCUGCAGUGCGCUGAGCAGGUGCAGCUGCCACAGUCGUCCACAACCGUGGAGGCAUAGCUGCGUCCCGCCUCCUGAGGACUCCUUUGAUGCCAGGAAAAUUGGACAUGAGUGCAUGAUCCCUCAGUGUGCCCAGUCCUACAGAGUGACCAGUUGGAGUCCUGACUUUCCUGGAUGCCAGGACUCCCAAUAAAUAAGACUGUAUACUGGGCUUUGAUUCUUGCUUUCAGCAUUGAGGGGCCUCAGGAGAGCUGACUGAGAAGAACCUCUGGCCCUCCAGUCUUCAGAUUCAGGCGCUGUACCAAGGGAUGGCCAGGGAGGUGGCAAGGUGCUCCAUCUGUUCACUGGGAUUCAGACAACCCUUUAUUAAAGCUGCUAGAACUAC